CCUCCAAAACCUCCAAAACAUCCAAAACCCAUUGAGUAAUUUCACACAUUGUGGCCUUUGGUACAGAACAAUCGCGCACUAUUGUCGAGCAAUGCGACUUGGCUGGGUAUAAAGUCGCUGGCAUGGUCACCAGAGUUCAUCAGUCGACGCGGCAAAGUCAAGAGUGGAUUUUGUGGAUUAGCAGGAACACCGAAUCGUAGAUACACCCAUUACAUCACCAUGAAGUUCUACCUGGGAUUGGCGGCGGUCAUAGUUGUGAUGGUUUCACUGGCCAAGCCGGGUGAGGCCACCUUUGGCAAGCUUAAUCUUCUGCUGGGCGGAGCCACUACGUCUGGCUACGGAUCUGGAUAUGGAUAUGGCGGCGGCGGAGGCUAUGGUUCUGGCUACGGAUAUGGAUCUGGCUAUGGAUCAGGUUAUGGCGCUGGCUACGGAUACGCUCCCGAGAACGUGGUGAAGGUGAUCAAGGUGUCGGUGGUGCCAGGAGGUGGCAUCGGAGGAGGCUAUGGUGGAGGCUAUGGUGGCGGAUAUGGCGGCGGUUACUCUGGCGGCUAUGGCGGUGGCUACUCCAGCGGCUUUGUGGGCGCUGCUCCUGCCAUUUCCACCUCCGCCGUGGUUACACCGGUGGUCACUUCGGUGUCCACGCCAGUUGCCACUCCUGUCCUCGCCGGUGGAGCUGGCUAUGUGAGCGGAUUCGGAGGUGGUCUGGGCGGAGGACUGGGUGGCUAUGGAGGCUCCUUCGGCGGCGGUGCCGCCCUGCCCGCCUCCUACGGAUUCGGAGCCGGAUAUGGCGCUGGCGGUGGCUUUGGCCUGGGAUUCGCUGCACCACCACCACCACUGGGCUUGGCUGGAGGACUCUGCUAG